GUGUCCAUGAUCAAGGUGCUGGCCAGUUCAUGGUGAGGACUCUUUUCCUGGCUUGCAGGCAUGCACACGUUCAGUCUGUAACAGACUUCUCCAGCGGUUCUCAACCUGUGGGUUGCGACCAUGGGAAAACACAUAUAGCAUAUCAGAUAUUUACAUUACAAUUCAUAACAGCAGCAAAAUUGCAGUUAUGAACUUGCAACGAAAAUAAUUUUAUGGUUGGGGGUCACCACAACAUGGGGAACUGUGUUAAAGGGUCGUGGCAUUAGGAAGGUUGAGAACCACAGUUGUGAGACUUAGCUUGAGUAGUACACGUAAAAUUCUCAGAACGGUACCUGGCUGGUGCUAAGCUUGCAAGAAGGAACGCUAUCCAUGGGAGCACCGUAACGGAAAUUAAAGGGGGGGGAGGAGAGUGAUCAGCAGGGGCGCCCGCAGCCUUCAGAAAGGUGGUCUGGAAAGCCCUCUUUGAGAAAGUGACAGGGACCUGAGACCCAGAUAAAACCAAAGAGAUAGCUACACAAAGAUCCUCGGGGGAGAGUGGUUCUGGCAGAGGGUACUGUGUGCAGAGGCCCUGAAGGAAGAAGGAAUUUAGCGCUUUGAGGAAAAGAAAGGGAGCCCGUGUGGGUGGAGCUUAGUGGGACAGGGAAGAGCAAUGGAAGUUGAGGGAGGCAGGAGUUAGACGGUUCAAGCCGUGCUGGCCGUGAAAGGGAUAUUGGUCUUUGCCCUGGGAACUGUGGAAAGUCUCAUGGUUUGGCUAAUACGUCUUCAGGAAAUGAAGACUGCUGGCGAAAGAGCCCGGCCCAGAGACCUGAAGACUCGGGUUUGAGUCAGGGCUCCUUGACAGCUGUGUGUUCCUGUGCAAGUUUUUCCGUCUGGGGCGUAAUCUGCACCUCUGAAAGCAAGGCGAAGUAAAAACGCCUUUCUCCUAAAAGCUUGUGAAGACUUAAGGAUGUGUCUUUGGUUCCUAAAUGUUGAGUGUUGACUGGAAUGACCUAGAAAGUGUGUUCAUAGGAAAGUUUCUGUCCUGCCCCACACUCCCUGGAUGGUUAUUCUCGUACCAGGGGCUCACAGACCUGACUUGGAGGAACCCCACCGUAGGGAGUGGUAGGUGAGAGUCCUCACUGAACGGUGAAGCGAGGAGAUAAUUUGACAGGGGCCUCGCCGACCUGGCCCUCUGCUCUUCAUGGAGCUGGGUGCCUGCUGGGACCAACCUGGUGCCCCCACUUGUCCCCUGGGCAGUGCCUUAGGAGAGGUUUACCCAUCCAGCUACCUGGUUUCUGGCUCACAGAUAGGAAGACAGGCCCAGAGCUCAGAAUCCAUGGGUCCAGCCUCUGAGAGGGAAGCAGACAUAAAGGUUCUGGCUCUGGUCUCGGGGCGGUUCUACAGGGAUAAGAGAAGACAACGGUGCAACCUGAGCUCAGAGUCCAGCCCCUGUGGGGCCGGCCCAGGGGGCAGACAAGACUGUGAGGACCCAGAUCACUGAGUAAGGACCCAACAACUCAAGGCGAGUGAAACAGCUGGAUUCAACUCCCAGCUGCGAAUUACUAGGUGUGGCCACGGGCUAGUUAUUAAGCACAAUGCCAUUUUUUUCUCUGGGCCACAGUUCUCUUAUCUGUGAAAAGGGAAUAAUAAUAGUACUUUUCUCAUGGUGUGGGCAGGAAAUUGAAGUGAGUUAAUACAUGUAAAGAGCUUAGGAUACUGCCUGUUAUUUAGCAAGUGCUUUGUAAAUGUGAGCUAUCGGUUUUUUUAUUAAAGAGAAACUUUAUCAGUCAGGCUGUCCAGAGAUGGUCUGAAAGGAGGUAGUGAGUGCCUCAUCCAGGGAUAGGAAGAGAUCCCCUGGAAACUCGAGAUCCCCUGGAAAGUUGAUCCUCAAACCCUUUAACUCACUUUCCAGCCCCAGAAUUUAGUGGGAAAAGUGAAAAAAACAACAACAACAAGGUGAUGGUGGAACAGCAUUGAGUGGGAUUGGCGCCAGAAACCAAAGCGGAGAUGCAGGAAGAGCUUCCUGGGCGAAGUGGGACUCAAAGGCAGGAUUGAUGGGAUUUGUAACGGCCAGGAAGGACCUGGGAACUUGCAUGGCGUGCUGGAAGCCAUGGAAAGUUCUUGAGUGUCACACAGUGCUUCCGGGAGAAGACGCUGGCUGCCUGUGUACACCCGACUGUGUGUGUAGGGGUGGGGACUGAGGCCGGUCCACCGGGCAGAAAGGUGCUGACUCUAAAGAUGCAGCCCGUGCCACUCACUCCGGGGCUCCAGUGUCCUCCCCGGGCCGUAAUGCAGAAGCCACCAAGCCCUGAGGCGUACAGACAGGGAAACAGGCUUAGAAAGGAACACGAGAAAGAACUCAGGCCCCCUACCUCCCAACCUCACUUCUGGGCACACCAGGCUCCCUUUCCUAUAGCAGAUCCUCACCCCCACCCAGGCUGCCCCCAGCAGCUGCUGCUGCACACUCCUUAAGUGGAUCUGCCGUAAUCCUCUCCCUUCAUCCCCCAGGGAGGAUGAGCUGGUGUUAGGGCUAAUGCAGCUGUUAAUCCUAUUUCCUUCCAGCCAUGAUCCACAGGAGCAGCUGUGUGGACGGUGCCUGGCUCUGAACCGAGAAUGAAGGGGCCUCGGCUAGAGUGGGUGUCCCGGGAAGCCAGAUCAGAUACAUUGAUUAUGACUCAGGGGCUUCUCACUGCUAGCAAUGGUUCAAGCUGCCUUGAGAGUGACUGAGCUUCCUAUGACCAGAGCUAGGGGAGCAGGAGCCCACAGUGGUUCCAGAGCAGGGGUGGGCCAGGAUUCCUGUCUGGGGUGGAGUCCCUUAUAGCCGUGCAAGGCCAGAAUUCUGUGCGACCGUUGCUGCCUCUGAAAGCUAACCCACCAGAGUGGAAAAACAAAAUGCAUAUGCUGGGGGCCUACCACUUCCAGACAGAUGGUGCCAAUCACCACCGUGAGCCCACUGGUUUUGCCCUCUCUUGGGCCUACCUCUGCCUUCCCUGGGCACUUGGAGACCUUCAGGCCAGAGCCCCAUCUGGGUAGUCUCGAUGUCUGCAGCCUUGCAUAGGACCCUGCAUCCUGGCACAGGCCUUGGAGGCUGAGCUGAAGGAGGAGGAUGAGCUUUGCCCAUCGAGGCCAUGGAGGUGGAGACUGUGGAGGCCCGGUCCCCAGGCCCCGGCUACAAGCGUUCGGGCCGCCGCUACAAGUGCCUGUCCUGUACUAAGACGUUUCCAAAUGCGCCCAGGGCAGCACGCCACGCUGCCACACAUGGGCCUGUAGACUGCGCGGAGGAGGUGGCGGAGGCGAAGCUGAAGCCAGAGACGGAAUCUAAAACAGAGGAUGCCGGCGGGGACAAAGGGCCAGGUGCAGCGGCCAAGCCUCGGCCUUACGCAUGCCCACUGUGCCCCAAGGCCUACAAAACAGCACCGGAGCUGCGCAGUCAUGGGCGCAGCCACACGGGCGAAAAGCCCUUCCCUUGCCCCGAGUGCGGCCGCCGCUUCAUGCAGCCUGUGUGCCUGCGCGUGCACCUGGCCUCGCACGCUGGCGAGCUGCCGUUCCGCUGCACGCACUGCCCCAAAGCCUACGGCGCGCUCUCCAAGCUCAAGAUCCACCAGCGGGGCCAUACGGGCGAGCGGCCCUACGCCUGCGCCGACUGCGGCAAGAGCUUCGCGGACCCUUCUGUGUUCCGCAAGCACCGGCGCACGCACGCCGGCCUUCGGCCCUAUGGCUGCGAGCGCUGCGGCAAGGCCUAUGCGGAGCUCAAGGACCUGCGCAACCACGAGCGGUCCCACACCGGAGAGCGCCCCUUCCUCUGCUCCGAAUGCGGGAAGAGCUUCUCGCGUUCAUCCUCGCUCACGUGCCACCAGCGCAUCCACGCAGCACAGAAGCCCUACCGCUGCCCCGCCUGUGGCAAGGGCUUCACUCAGCUCAGCUCCUACCAGAGCCACGAGCGCACGCACUCUGGCGAGAAGCCCUUCCUGUGCCCGCGCUGCGGUCGCAUGUUCUCUGACCCCUCGAGCUUUCGGCGCCACCAGCGGGCGCACGAGGGCGUGAAGCCGUACCGCUGCGAGAAGUGCGGCAAGGACUUCCGGCAGCCGGCGGACCUGGCCAUGCACCGCAGGGUGCACACCGGCGACCGGCCCUUCAAGUGCCUGCAGUGUGACAAGACGUUUGUGGCUUCCUGGGACCUUAAGCGCCAUGCGCUGGUGCACUCCGGCCAGCGGCCCUUCCGCUGCGAGGAGUGCGGACGAGCCUUCGCCGAGAGAGCCAGCCUCACCAAGCACAGCCGGGUGCACUCGGGUGAGCGCCCCUUCCACUGUAACGCCUGCGGGAAGUCCUUUGUGGUGUCCUCCAGCCUGAGGAAGCACGAGCGGACCCACCGAAGUAGCGAGGCCACCGGGGCUCCCCCGCCGCAGGAGCUGGUCGUGGGCCUCGCACUGCCCGUCAGCGUGGCAGGCGAGGGCUCCGUGGCCCCAGCGGCAGGAGCAGGGCUCGGGGACCCUCCAGCAGGGCUGCUAGGGCUGCCCCCAGAAUCAGGCGGUGUGAUGGCCACCCAAUGGCAAGUGGUGGGCAUGACGGUGGAGCAUGUGGAGUGCCAAGAUGCUGGGGUGGGGGAGGCUCCUGGUCCCUUGGAGGGGACAGGCGAGGUGGGGGGUGAGGAGGUGGAUGAGAAGCCUCCGCAGUUUGCGUGCCGGGAGUGCAAGGAGACGUUCUCCACGCUGACGUUGCAACGAAGGCAUGAGCGCUCACACCCCGAGCUCCGGCCCUUUCCCUGCACCCAGUGUGGCAAGAGCUUUUCAGAUCGGGCUGGGCUGCGCAAACACAGCCGCACACACAGCUCUGUGCGCCCCUACACCUGCCCCCACUGCCCCAAGGCCUUCUUGAGUGCCAGCGACCUACGAAAGCACGAACGCACCCACCCUGUGCCCAUGGAGACCCCCACACCUCUCGAGCCCCUUGUGGCUUUGCUGGGAAUGCCUGAGGAGGGGCCAGCCUGAGGCCCAUGGCCCUUCCCUCUGAACUCCCAGGAGUUCCGCCCCCACAGGGUGCCUCCUGGACCUCCCUUUGCCCAGCUUACUCUUCUAGACUCCACAUCCCUGCCCCCCGGUAGCCAGCUUACCUUCCCAACAAAGAGAUCUGGGGACAGUGGAGGCGGGCACCUGCUGUUCAGAGGCAUGGCUCUGUGAGUAACACAUUAAAGCAUUCACUUUGACCCUGGGUUGUCUCCUGUGUUCUAGUUGGGGUUUGGAAGGGAGUUUGGGCAUUAGAUAAGGUUCAUUGCAGAUUCCUAGAUUGACAGAUUAGAAGCUAGAAGGGUCUUUGGGUGCAUUUUUUUCAAAGUAUGUUUUAGAAUGCCUUGUGACAAAGGGUUUCAUGGUCAAGUAAGUACAGGAAAUUCCCUGUGCCUUUCUUGGGGAUUCUUGAUCAAAAGUGUGUUAAAGUCAUUCAUAAGUCCCACAAUGAACAAAUCUAUUUAGCUUUGUUUAUCCCAUAUUUAUAUAACCAUGGAAACCUUUUACUGAGUAGUUCUCCUUCUAUCCUUUUUACAGAGAAUAAACUGAGGCCCAAAAUUAGUAUAUUCCUUACACACUGCAGUAACAAAUUGGAAGAUUUACUUGAAAAAAAGGGGGUCCCCUUCACAAUUAUAAUACCCAUAAACUACAAAGUAAGAAGCCUCACAGGAGACAUGCAGAGCCUACAUGAAGAAAAUGCUCUCUCCAGAAGGAUAUAAGACAUACCAUGUACCUAAAUGGGAAGACAUUAAAAGAUGUUGGCCCUAGCCAGUUUGGCUCACUGGAUAGGGCAUUAGCCUGUGGACCGAAGGGUCCCUGGUUCAGUUCUGGUCAAGGGCACAUGCCUUGGUUGCAGGCUCCUUUCUGGCCCGGGCCCUCGUUGGGGCACAUGCAGGAGACAACCAAUUGAUGUGUUUCUCUCACAUUGAUAUUUCUCUAUGUCUUUCCCUCUCCCUUCCACUCUCUAAAAAAAAAUCUAUGGAAAGAUAUCCUUGGGUGAGGAUUAAAAAAAAAAAAGAUGUUGGAUUCUCUCCAGCUUAAUGCUUAAAUUCAUUGCUAUCCAAAAAGAGUUUUUAACAGAACUUGAAAAUUGAAAGUUCCUAGGCAAUACAUUUUUAAAAAACAGUGGAGGUGAUGUGUUUACAUACUAGAUAAUCAGACACCAAAGCACUGGAGUAAAAACAGAAUCGGCACAAGAUAAAUUAGUGGAGGGGGGAGAGGGUUCAGAAACAGCCCUAACUAUUUCUGGAAAUUUGUGAUAAAAAUGAUUAUUCAAAUUGGUGGGGAAAGAUAGGCUGUUAAAUAGCUUUACAGUUAUAUCUGUACUCUGAAAGGUUACACAUCUUUCUUUUAAAAAUAUAUUCUAUUGAUUAUUAUUUUUUUUUUUAUUACAGAGAGGAAGGGAGAGGGAUAGGGAGUUAGAAGCAUCAAUGAGAGAAACAUCAAUCAGCUGCCUCCUGCACACCCCCUACUGGGGAUGUGCCCGCAACCAAGGUACAUGCCCUUGACCGGAAUCGAACCCGAGACCCUUUAGUCUGCAGGCCGACACUCUACCCACUGAGCCAAAGUGGUUAGGGCUACACAUCUUUCUAAGCAAUUUUUCAAAGACCAAAAUAAAUAAAAAUGAGGCUUCACAUUUAGUGUAACUUGGUACAGCCUGUUGGGAAAAUGAUUUGAUUAUAUUUAUAAAAAAGUUAAAUGGAGCCCUAGCCGGUUUUGCUCACUGGAUAGAGCGUCGGCCUGUGGACUGAAGGGUCCCGGGUUCGAUUCCGGUCAAGGGCAUGUACCUUGGUUGCAGGCGCAUCCCCAGUAGGGGGUGUGCAGGAGGCAGCUGAUCGAUGCUUCUCUCUCAGAUGUUUCUAACUCUCUAUCCCUCUCCCUUCCUCUCUGUAAAAAAUCAAUAAAAAAUAUAUUUUUUAAAAAAGUUAAAUGGACAUACCCUUUGGCUCGGCAAGUACACCUCAAGGAUUUACACCUCAAAUUUCUUUUUCCACUUAAGUGGCAAAAUUGAGGAUAAUGUUUAAUACAGCAAAAUUUGUGAUACUGGGAACACCUUAAAUGUCCAUUAGCAAAGGACUAAGGCUAGCCACUGUGAAACAUUGUGCAGCUGUUUAAGAAAUGAGACUUAUCAAUCUAUGUUUUUUAACAAUAUCAAAAAAGUAUGUCAAAUGAAAAGAAAGUGCAAAGCAGCAUGGUUAGUAUGGGCCAAAUUACACAGAAGUGCUCAAGUUUCUAUAGAAUAUUUCUAGAAGGAUACUUAACUGAUUUUGGACUAUAAAUUUCAGCCACUAAGGCUUUCCCCAUUUAUAAGCCAAAACAAAGUCAGAAUGGACCAGGUCCUCUUCCAUGCUUUUGUCAUUUCUAGACGGGGCCACCAAGUUGGCAGCUUCCGGAAAUGUGUGCAGUCUAUCUCCAGGCCCAUGUGCCAGUCACGAGGGACUUCGCAGCGGCUGGCUCUAGCCUAGGACUGGCAUAUCAGGUAGCGCCAGGAGUAGAAGUAGUACGUAAUCCCUUGAUGUCAGGGGACAGACAGCAUUGCCCUGCCCACGCUUUGGAAAAGGUCCUCAUUCCUGUUCUCUCUCUCUCUUUUUUUAAAAUAUAUAUUUUCAUUGAUUUCAGAGAGGAAGGGAGAGAGAGAGAAACACCAGUGAUGAGAUAGAAUCAGUGAUCAGCUGCCUCCUGCACACCCUACACUGGACAUGUGCCCUUGACUGGAAACAAACCUGGGACCCUUCAGUCCACAGGCCGAUGCUCUUUCCACUGAGCCAAACCAGCUAAGACCUCAUUCCUGUUCUUCACAGCAUACGAAGGGGGCAUGUGGCAACAGCAGGGGCCAGGGUGUCAUGACUGCGGAAGAGAGUCCUAGUUUGACCAAGGGCACGCACUGCCCACCCCCAUACCCAGAGCAAGACAAGCACUGACCCCAGGUCUCCUGCCUGUUCAGGCUGGAGCUAAAGUCUGAAAGACGGGGUCCACGAAAGAAACAGACUCAAUGGGGUUGGAACAGAGGGACUUUGGCUACUACUGACUUGACUUGUGACCUUGAGCAAGAUGAUUUAUCUUGGGAGUUGGGAAGCAUCUUUUAGACAUUGGUACAAAGAUACCAUAUAUAUUAAUCAACAAGUAUAUUUGGACAUUUAUCUACAAUGAAGGAAAAAGUGGGUCUGGACCUAGACGACCUACUGAUCCCUUGGUUCCCCUUCUCUGACACUCCAGGCAUCCCAUAACCAGGCCUGCUUCCUGAGGACACAAACAAGCUGACUUAAAAAAAAAUUAACAGCUAUAUUAAGAUGUAAUUCAUAUACAUACAAUUAACCCAUCUGAAGUGUAUAAUUUGAUGAUCUUUAGUACAGUGGGGCCUUGACUUACGAGUUUAAUUCGUUCCGAGACCGAGCUCGUUAACUCAAAUUACUCUAUCAACUCAAUGCAAAAAAUCAGCAGAGAGACAGCUGGUAUCUCAAAAAACUCGUUUGUCGGGACACUUGUAAGUCAAGGCCCCAUUGUACUUUCACAGGGUUAUGCAACCAUCACAAUCUAAUUUUAGAAUAUUUUUAUCCUCCUAAAAGAAACUCCAUGCCCAUUAUGAUCUCUCCCCCACCCCCCGCCACACACACCCAA